CUUUCCCGGGAAGGAGGAGGCGGCCGGGAGUGGAGGAUGGGAGGGAAUCCGGAGGGAUCCCGGGGCGGCGCGCAGCGGAUCGGCAUCCGGCGGAGGCUCCCGGCCAGAGGCGGGCAGGGAAGGAGUGGAGGCUGAACCAGGAGGAGGCACCACCGGUCAAGGGAGCCCGGCCCGGCCGGGCCGACGGCCUCGUCUAGGCUGAGAGCAGCGCCGGGCUCUCCUGCCACCGAGACAGCGGGCUGGCUGCGGGGGUGCCGGGCGGAGAGCGUCGCCCAGGAGGAGACCCUGACCGAGAGAUUCCUGCUCAGCCGGGCCCGGGAGGAGCGGCGGCGGCGGCGGGGCCAGUUGAUGAAGAUGGCCACGGUACCUCCUGAAGGCGGAGGAGAUCUCUCUGGUUUCUCUGUGGAGCAGCUGUUGGGCUUCUCAGAGGAGGAACCAGCUCAGGUCUUGUUGCCACGGAACACAAGGUUUUCUAUAGAAGCCACUGAAACAUCUCGUCUGUCUGAUGGAGCCGCAACAGCUCAGGGCUCCGUAUCCUUUGAGGAGGUGGCUGUGUAUUUCACGGAAGAGGAAUGGGCUCUGCUGGAUUCUAGCCAGAGAGCCUUACACAGAGACGUCAUGCUGGAGAAUUCUAGGAAUGUGGCCAUUCUGGGUUUUGGGCAGGAGCAGGAGAAUUACCAGGAACCCAACCUAGCGCUAUUCCAGUUUGAAGAAAAGAUGCUCGGAAUCAAGGGGGUACUUCAAAAAACUUCAAAAAACUGCCUAAAGAGUGGAAGGAAGAAGUCUUCUCCUUCUGAUCACAAUAAAGUCCUUGGCCUCCCAGUCCAGCAACUUCAGCAACAAGAAGAAGUUGGAAAAUAUCUUGGAUGUGACAAGACAGACAAAGCGAAAUUUGUUUUUAGUGAAUAUUAUACAUACCAGACUGAAAAGGAACAAUAUGAAUAUCAAGAGUACGGGGAAAGUAUCAGCCUUAGCUCUUCUCUUGUUUUACAUCACCCAUCAUACAUCCCAGAGACACCAUAUGGAAUUAUAAAUUGUGUCAAAAAAUUCACGUUGAACAAUCAUUUUAUGUCGCAUAAAAAGGAGAACCCGUAUGAGUGUGAAAAGAGUUUUAGCCAGAAACAGUUGCUUAUUUUACCCCCAGAAAAUGCCCCAAUGGAAAAACGGUAUAAAUGUCUGGAAUGUGGAAAGACCUUCAGUCACAGAUGUAAACUUACUGUCCAUGAACGGACCCACACUGGGGAGAAACCAUAUAUAUGCCUAGUGUGUGGAAAAAAAUUCAGUCAGACGGGUCACCUUACCAGACAUCAACGAACCCACACUGGGGAGAAACCGUAUUCGUGUCUUCACUGUGGAAGGAAGUUCAGUGGAAGUUCAAACCUUAUCAAACAUGUAAGGAGCCACACGGGGGAGAAACCAUACAAAUGUACAGAGUGUGAUAAGAGCUUCAGUCGGAAAACUACCUUUAUUUACCAUAAAAGGAUCCACACAGGAGAAAAACCAUACAAGUGUCUGGAGUGUGGAAAGUGUUUCGGGCGGAACAGUAGCCUUAUGCAACACAAAAGAACUCACACAGGGGAGAAACCGUAUCAAUGCCUGGUGUGUGGAAAGAGUUUUAGUGGCUCCUCGGAUCUUACGUAUCAUAAGAGGAUUCACACAGGGGAGAGACCGUAUAAAUGCCUGGAGUGCGGAAAGCGAUUCAGUAGGAGAAGUCGCCUUACAGCUCACAAAAGAAAGCACACGGGACAGAAACCGUAUAUAUGCCUGGUGUGCGGAAGAAGAUUCAGUCAGAGCGGUCACCUUACAAGACAUAAAAGAACUCACACUGGGGAGAAACCAUAUCCUUGCUUGAAGUGUGGAAGGAACUUCAGUGGAAGAUCUAGCCUGGUGAUACAUAUAAGAAUCCACACGGGGGAGAAGCCGUAUAAAUGUUCCGAGUGUGGGCGAUGCUUCCGUCAGAAAACGACCUUUAUUUACCAUCGAAGGAUCCACACAGGAGAAAAACCAUACAAAUGCCUGGAGUGCGGGAAGAACUUCAGGCGAAACUGUCAUCUUAAGAAACACAAAAGAAUGCAUACCGGUGAGAAACCUUACAAGUGCUUCGAGUGUGGAAAGAACUUCAGUGUUCGCUCCAAUCUGAAUUGUCACAGGAGGAUCCAUACAGGGGAGAAACCUUAUAAGUGUUUGGAAUGUGGAAAGAGUUUCAAAUGCCUGAGUCAUUUUAUUUGCCAUAAAAGGAUUCAUAUGGGGGAGAAACCAUUCAAAUGCUCCGAGUGUGGAAAGGGCUUCAGUCAGAAAAAUCACCUUUCACAACACACAAGAAUCCACAUAAGAGAGAAACCAUACGCUCGGGAGCGUUCAUCACAAGUGUUUUCUUCUAAGAGAGACCCACGUGCGAAAAACACCAGAAAUAUGUUGAUUUUGCAGUAACGUUCAGUUGAAAAAGGAGCCUCAUCAGAUCUAAAUGAAUCCAUGUUGGAGAACUGUAAAGUGUAGAAGUGUAGAAAUGGGUUAAAAUGUGUCACUGUCCUUAUUUCCCAUAGGACAGACUAUGCCCUCCAAGAAAAUACAUAUCUGAGUUUGGAUGAACUUCAUGGAUGCUAAACCUGCCGACUGAAGAGCUAAUCCAUACAGGAGAGACAGUACAUCAAGAAACGGAGCAAUGCAACUAUUUUAAGGGGACAUGUCUUCUUAAAUAUCAGAAAAGUUCCGCUCAGGAGAAAAAACUGUGGAACAUGGAGAGGGUUGGUGGGGUUUUUUGCUUAAGACUUCACCAACAGAUCAUGAGUCCCUCUCCCUAUUGUUAGACCAAUUUUGAAUAUUUUUCCUGAGGUAAUCAGGGACUGUUUUAUCAGAGGCUGACGAGGAUCAUAUGGUUGGUCAGGAUUAAAGUCCCAUGAAAACAGACUGAGGCUAAUGGGAAUAUUUAGCUUUGUAAAAAAACAAAAACAACAACCCAGGAAGCAUAUAAUAUUCCCGUGGAAGCAUUUGAUGCGAUGUCCCAUAGAACAAAGGAAAGAUUUAUCCUGCAGUGCAGAAUGAACUUGGCAGAAUCUGAUUUAAUGUUUUAAAAAAUUAUUGUGAUAGUGGUAAAACUUAAAACACACAAUAACUACCUCUGCUGACACCAAUCCCAUAAUUUAAAAAAAAAACAGGAUUACAUCUCCUCCUCUCCAAAACUCCACAUUUUGUGCAACUUUAUAAAAAGUUUAUUACAGUGCUUGUCCUUUAAUUUUAGAAUAAAAUAUUUGAGGGGUGUUUUUUCCCCCUAAGGAGCA